AUGGAGGAAGACAGACGACAGACCGAUCUUGGCACAGCAGCCGAUAUCGAAGAAGCCCAGCUCGCUCAGGCCAGCCCAUCCCCCGCCAUCGAGAAUGAGACAGAGUCAACCCAAAAUGGGUCGACACCGCUGAAACAGCCAAAGAAGAGAUUCGUAGGAAGAAGAGCUGCUACUGAGGCUUCUGCAAAGAAUGGAUCGUCAGGCGCAUCAGGCGAGAGUGGCGCUGUUCAAACUGCCAAACCUCGAAGAGCGCCUAGGCUAUUGAACCAAGUUCCCAAGGAGAUUCUUGAGAACCCCGAUCUGAAAGCCGCUGUUGCUUUGUUACCGGCAAACUACAACUUUGAGAUCCCAAAGACGAUUCAUCGUAUCCAGACUUCAGGUGCUAAGAAGGUUGCCCUCCAGAUGCCGGAAGGUCUCCUUCUUUUUGCUACCACUAUCUCCGACAUUUUGACCCAAUUCUGCCCAGGAAUCGAAACACUCAUCAUGGGUGAUGUGACAUACGGUGCUUGUUGUAUCGAUGACUACACUGCAAGGGCUCUUGGCUGCGACUUGCUGGUUCACUAUGCUCACAGUUGUCUCAUUCCUGUCGACGUUACCACUAUCAAGACACUUUACGUCUUUGUCGAUAUCAGUAUCGAUGCGACACAUCUUCUGACUUCCUUGGAACGCAACUUUGCUAGUGGAAAGACUAUUGCUGUUGUCGGUACUAUUCAGUUCAACGCCACUAUCCAUGGUGUCAAGAGCAGUCUCGAGCGCGGAGGUUUCCGUGUACUUGUCCCGCAGAUUGCACCCCUGAGUAAGGGUGAGAUUCUGGGUUGUACAUCCCCUCGUCUCAAAGAAGAUGACAAGACCGAUCUGAUUCUGUACCUUGGUGAUGGCCGCUUCCAUCUCGAGAGUAUCAUGAUCCACAACCCUUCUAUCCCAGCAUACCGAUACGACCCUUACUCCCGCAAGCUCACUCGUGAGACCUAUGGCCACGAGGAGAUGCAGUCCCUUCGACGUACAGCCAUUCAAAGCGCUCGCACCGCGCGUAAAUGGGGCUUGAUUCUUGGUGCCCUGGGCCGUCAGGGCAACCCGCACACACUGGGUCUUAUUGAAAAGGAGCUUAAGGCUCGUGGCAUCCCAAUUGUGCAUCUUUUGCUGAGCGAGAUCUUCCCAGGCAAGCUUGCGCUCAUGUCAGACGUCGAAUGCUGGGUGCAGGUUGCUUGCCCUCGUCUGAGCAUCGACUGGGGAUAUGCUUUCCCGAGGCCGUUGCUGACACCUUAUGAGGCGCUGGUAGCAUUGGGAGAGAAACAAGAUUGGGGAGAUGGCGUUUAUCCUAUGGAUUACUACGGCAAGGACGGUUUGGGCAGAACGAGACCUCUGCAGAUUGCAUCAGGUUAG